AUGAGGUGUCUGGGGAGCGAGAGAGCAACAGCAGUGGUGGUGGUGCUGGUGGUGCUGUUGGGCUCAGAUGUGGCCUAUACUGACCCCUGUGCUGGAGGAGCGGCCCCCCACAGUCUGCAGCAGCCGGAGUACGAGCCCUCCGUGAGACCAGAGGGAGACUUCAUGGCUUCAUUUGUCCAGUCUUUCCUCCACACGGUGCAGCCCAGGCCAUUUCCUGAAGAUCUGGUUCUGGAGAUUGUGAAAGACGGUGGUAAGGCGAAUCCGGAAUUUAUCAAAGAUGUGCUGAGGUAUGAAAUAGGGUUCCUGGUCUGUGCAGCCAUUGGGAUCUUGUACAUCGUGCUUAUGCCCAUAGUUGGCUUGUUCUUGGCGUGCUGUCGCUGCUGUGGAAACUGUGGAGGCAAGAUGCACCAGAAACAGGCCUCCUCCAUUCACUGUCGCAGGCGGACGCUCUACUGGGCCACAUUCGUCACCACUGUCAUCAUACUAGCUGGGAACAUUUGCAUGUUUAGAAGCAACGAGGCGUUCAAAGUGAGUGUAGACAAGAGCACAGUGGAGCUUAAUAAAGCCAUCAACAACAUCAGCACUUUCAUCACAGCUGUGCCACAGCAAGUCCAAUUUGUGGUCAACGAGAGCUACGCCACCAUCCAGGAAGUCAGCAAUAACCUAGAUGGUAUUGGGCUCCAAUUGGGAAGUUCAUUUCAGAAAAAAUUCGAGGCGAAGUUUACUCCAGCUCUUCACUCUCUUGAUAUCAUGGACCAAGAGGUCGUAAACAACAGUGUCCUUCUGAACAAGCUCAACACAUCUCUGACCCGUUUGGAGUCCAGUUUCAGCACGAUCCAGAGAGACAUUGAUGCAGUUAAGAAGCAGAUCAACAAGACCUUAUCCGAACCCGACUGCACGAACUGUGCCAGUGUCAGACCUGAACUGAACGCACUCACCGUGGACACUUCCAUCAGGACUUCAAGUCUCGAUGAGCUGCAGGCCGCAAUGAACGAGAUUAUAAAAGCUGAUCUCAAGUCUAAGAUAAAAGAGAUAGAGGAACAGUUCAAAAACAUCCCAGGAAGUGUUGCCAAUGACACAAGAGAAUUUGUUCGAACCAGCAAGACUCAGCUGGAAGAAAUCAAAGGUCAGAUUUCCAAAGUGACCACAAAGCUCCCAUUGUCUGGUCUCAAUGAUGUUCUGAAUCAGCUGGAGAUGGUUCAGGGAAGCAUCGACACAUACACUCCUGAAGUGGAGAAUGCAGAGUACAUUAGGUGGUGUGUGUGCCUCACUCUCUGCUGUGUGGUUCUGUGGGUGGUGCUCUGUAACAUUCUGGCUCUGGCGCUGGGUCCUCUGGGUCUGAAGCCCAAAGUGGAACCCACAAAGCGCUCAUCUACGUCCAACUGUGGAGGAACCUUCUUCAUGAUCAGCGCUGGCUUUAGCUUCCUUAUUUCCUGGCUGUUCAUGCUUUUGGUGUUGAUCCUCUUCCUGAUUGGUGGGAACGCCUACACGUUGAUGUGUAAAACAUGGAGAGAUGGGGAACUGCUCAAGUGA